UGGUUUAGAGGUGGUCAGGGAUGAGUGGUAGGGAUGUGGAAGGGCGGCUAGGGGAGGCGGUGGGGUGGUUGGAUGAUUGGGGUCUUCAGGGCCGGAGAAAGAGGGAAAGAGAAGUGAAGAAGUGGUGGACCGGUGGUUGUGGGUAACACCCCGCUUCAUGUGGCAUUGAUGAAUGGAGGCAAAAGUAUUCAAGUUGCUGCUUACUUGACUGAGGUUGGUCCUGAAGUGGCUGCCUACACUAACAAUCUCAAACAAACUCCACUUCAUCUCGCCGUUAUGUAUGACGCUAAAGGUACUGAAAUGUCAGCGAUACAUAUGAUAAACUCGCUUAAUAACCAAGGGGCAGCAUUGUCUACCAAAAGUUUUAGUUUCGUACAAGAAAAGGAAGACAUCUCACUAUCCUUGGUAAAGUCGUUAUUACAGACAAAUAGUGAGGUAUGUUGUUUAUGUGAUGCAGAUGGGAUGACCCCUCUACUUAAAGCUGCAGUUCGCUCUAAUUUACUUGUUGUUAAUGCCAUAAUCAAUUGAGGUAUGUGAUCCAAAGGGCAAAAAUGUGUUACAUUACAUAAGAUUUCCGACUUUCUUAGAUGCAAGGAGAUUUUUGGAAAAGCCAGAAAUUCCUGUGUUGCUCGUCAAUAAGCAGGAUCAUGACGGGAACACACCAAUGCAUAUAGCUAUGAUGAACCAUGAUUUCAGAAUGGUGAAAGCUAUGGUUGAACAUAAUGCUAAUUUUUCCAUAGAAAAUAAGGAGGGUGUUUCUGCACAAACUCUUUUUGAUCACUUUGUCAUCAACAACAAUCUGGAUGUUUCAGCCGAAGCUCAAAUUGAGUCAAAACUGAACAAGUUCCGUGACCUAGUGGUAUGCAAAAAUUUAUAUUUCUUACAGU